AAACAGAACCUUACAACCCUCAAGAGCAACUAUGGACAAAGUCAAGUUCGGCGCAGAGGUGAUGCAUAUAAAGGACCUCAGUGGAGGACAGCUGACCCAGGACACAGUCAAAAAGCUGAUCCUCCAGUCGCAGGAGGCAAAGAAACAGGCGUACUGCCCAUACAGCAAAUUCAGAGUGGGGGCUGCUCUCCUCACCCUCGACCACCGUGUAUUUACAGGUUGCAAUGUGGAAAAUGCCUGUUACAACCUCGGUUUGUGUGCUGAGAGGAAUGCAAUCUCAAAGGCGGUGUCAGAGGGCUACAGAGCAUUCAAGGCCAUUGCAAUCACCAGUGACCUCAGUGACCACUUCAUCUCCCCAUGUGGCGGCUGCAGACAGUUCAUGAGAGAGUUUGGGCCGAAUUGGGACGUGUACCUGUCAAAGCCUGAUGGAUCAUACCUGAAGAUGACUGUGGACGAGCUGCUGCCGGUGUCCUUUGGCCCAGAGGACCUGUCCAUGAGCAAAGUAUUCAACAUUCCAAAUGAGUUCUGAGCCUGUGUUCAAACACAAAAAAUGAGUGCUGCUUCUGAGCCACCAUGACAUGAACCUGUACUGUUUAAUACACAUGUUGAACAUGCAUUAAUGUCAAAAGUAGUUAUAUUUAUGGUUACUAUUUGUUCUUGUAUUAGAUGCUGAUUGUAAACUGUGUCACACAGUAUUUAAAUGUAUUAAGUUUAUUUUGUGUAUACUGUUAUGUUAAUAGACAUUGGUGUAAUUGUUAUGUUGUUGGUUGUAAAAUUAAGUGAAAGUGUCUACAAGGUGCUCAUAUAGUCCAUGAACUCAUUUGAUCAUAUUUUUGUUUUAAAAAAUUAAAGCAUGAUUGAAAAUUACAGUUACAGCAGGUCAAGUGUCUAAUUAAUAAAGUUUAUUUUCACAUA